AUGCUACGCCCACACACAACAGAAGGCGUUUUGGCUGAUGUUUAUUAUCCAUGUAAGUUUGUAAAAAUUCUUAAAUCCAAAAGUGGAGAUUGGAAGAAGCGUGUUGCAUGUUUACUGCCGGAAAUGACCGUAACAACUAGUCCUGUCUUGUGUGCUUCGUGCAUUGUGCUCUUUAAAGGGAAUCUUUAUGCCAGCGUAGACGUGCGUUACUCAGACACAAAAGACAUCGUGACAUGCGCCACAGGACGGAUAAUGCUCGUUGAAAUUGCCAUGAAUUUAAUCGCAGUGUACUUGAGUUAA